AUGAUGUGUGAAAUCAAUUUUUAAUGUGGCAAAUAUUACUACGACUAAAAAGCUUAGGUGUAGAUUGAAUAACGUGAUCCUGUCUAACUCAGGUUCUAAGAAAAUAAUAAGGGUGAAUAUUCAAUCACUGAUUAGCAUUAAAGAAGUGUAAUUAAAUUCUCUUAUCAGUAAUACGUUAAGUUUAAAUAAUACCUCACAGAGUUUUUGAUAAGACAAGGCACAUUUACGAAGUGAUCUUUAAGUACUUUGAAUGUGUGACAUUUACAUCAGCAUGGGUGGAUUAAGAAGACAAAUAUUUGCAGCAUUCAUAGGAUCGAUAUCUAUCAUUAGCAGUGGGAUGGCAUAUGGAUGGGUCUCCCCAGUUCUCAACCAGCUCUCUGAUGAAGAUGGAGAAAUCCGUGCGACCAAGGAGCAGAUAUCUUGGAUUGCUGCUGAUAUUGAAAUUGGCUGUCUCUUGACACCAUUACUUGGAACUUUUUUAAUGGAUAAGUUUGGGCGGAAAUGGCCUAUGUUAUGUGCAGUUCCAUUGUUCAUGAUCUCAUGGAUCCUGACUUUAGCUACAAGAUCAGUACAAAUACUUUAUAUCAAGAGAAUGUUAGACGGUAUGGGAAUAGGAUUGGUGGUAACAAUAGCUCCGAUUUAUCUGGCAGAAAUUGCAGAAGCUAAUAUUCGUGGGUUGAUUAUAAUGUCAAUUGCAGUAACAUGGUACGGUGGCAUCCUCAUUCAAUUCUGUCUUGGUACCUAUUUAUCCUACAAUGUCAGUGCAUGGAUAAAUCUAGUGGUACCCAUUUUAUAUUUGAUUUUGUUUUCAUUUUUACCAGAAUCACCUUACUACUUUAUGAUGAAAAAGCAGGAAAAUAAAGCUGCCGACUCACUUGCGUGGUUUCAAAAUGUCCGGCCAAAUGAAGUUUUUGAAGAGCUCAAGGACAUAAAAAGUUACCUCGAGGAAGAUGCUAAGAACAAGGAGUCUUGGAAAGCUGUAAUAAAAAACACUACUUACAGAAAGUGUCUAGCAAUAAUGAUAGUGGUAAUACUUGCAACGAUUUUGACAGGACUAACUACAAUAUUUUCUUAUGCUUCAGAAAUGUUUGCCGAUACAGAUUCUGAAGGAUUUUUAAAUCCUGAUACAUGCUCAGUAGCAAUUGCAACUCUGUUUUGUGUGAUGUCUAUAGUAAUUUAUUUUUUAAUUGAUAAAAUUGGCAGACGACCCUUAAUAAUAGUCUCAGCAUUUGGAUGUUUUCUCUCUAAUCUAGCUUCUGCAGUAUUUUCAUACUAUAAAAAUGAAUUUAAAUACAAAUGGAUACCACUUGUUACUAUAGGAUCUUACUGCUUCUUUGUCACUCUGGGUCUAGUCCCAGUUAUGUUGGUCUUUCAAGGGGAAUUGUUCCCUUCUAGCAUUAGAACCUUUGCUUCUGGCAUGAUUAUAGUCAUCACAACUUUUGUCUCCCUUGUAGCAUUAAAGUUGUACUACAUUAUUGGUUCUUCAAUAGGUAUCUAUGUCAAUUAUCUUAUAUAUGCUGUCGUUGCAGGAACUUCUACAGUUUGGCUAAUCUUUUACUGUCCAGAGACUAAAAAUAAGACAUUUGCUGAGUUAUUGAAGGAGCUUGAAGGAACUAAUGUGGGAGAAAAAAUGUUGUACAGAGAAGAAAUGCAAAUGUUAAACAAAUAAAAUCUAUAAAUAUAUUCCAAAGUGAUUUUUGUAAUACAAAUUUUUUCAUUAAGCUUAGUAAUAUGUUUCUACACAAAUGAAAAUAGAUUUACUAGUUGGGUCAUGGCUAAGACUUCAGGUGCUUAUAAGCUUUGUUCGAUGUUGAAUAUUGUUAAAAAAUUUCAGUUCUUAUUUUUAGAUUCAGAUUCAGAUUCAGAUUCAGAUAAUUCUUUAUUCAUAGGUAUUACAGUCAAUACAUUGAAUAGUGUCAUUAACUUAAAAGUAUUCAACAUUUCUUAAAAUUAGGCUAAUUUUACUUUAUUGCAUUUAUAAUUCCUUAAAAGAGUAUAAUACUUUGAUUGUUAGGUAAUCCUUAAGUAUUUUUUUAAACUUAUUGAAUGAUGGUUCAGCCUUAAUAUGUUCUGGAAUUUUGUUAAAAAAUUUGUGAAUUUGUGAAUUUUACAUUAUUCUUUCUAAAAUUUAAGUUUAUGUGUUCAUGUAUUGCUACUCUAUCUAUGCUCACGCCGACAUCAAUGGGGACCUUUACCUGGAUAAUGAGAUAUCCUUAUCUCUGAACUCUAUGAUAACUAUUAGAUCAAUUAUAAUCCUUUCCACACAAGCCAUCUUACUGUACCAAGCUCAUAAUCUUUUAUAAGAGUGUUGUAGCCUCCACUUGUGUCAACAUCGGGAACCCUCUCUUAAACAAAAUGUAUACUGCAUUAGAAUAUGAGUAGAUGUGGCAAGUGGGGUUAAUUCUAACCCACUUGCAUUCAACAUCAUUUAGCAAACACACACUUUUUAUGAGUGAUGGAUUAAAAAGUAUGUUAUAAGUUAUCAGAAGUAAACCAUAAACUAGAAAAAAUGGUCAAGUUUUCAUUGAAGGAAGAUAGUUUAUCUUGAGCCAAUUAUUGCUUACCAUCAUUCAAACUCACCAUCACGACAAUCUGUUUAAAUCAAUUGUCUCCAAAUUUUAAAAAACCUUCAUCCAUAGAGGUGUUUAACUUUCUUUAAAACAAAAAAUACACAUAUUUAGUAUACGCUGUUUCUAAACACCCCCAAUUAAUAUUUACUACGGUUUUUUUAAUUAGCAAAAGGUAAAAAAAACUUUAGAGUUAUUAUUUAAUCAAAUUGGAUCUUCAUUUUUAUGUAUUCAAAAUAUAGAAUUGGAUAUUUUUACACUUUGAAUUGCCAUAGUUAAAACCAAAAUAUUUAAGCAAUAUUUCUAUUUGUUAAAAACCUGUUAUGCCCUCUCAAAAGAUGCAUGUUGAAUAUUUAUGCAAUCACAGAAAAAGAACCAAUUUAUAAAACUUUUUAAUGUGAUGGUUUGUUAUAAUCCUAAAUUAAAUAAUUUAUAUUUUUCUUAUGUUAUAAUGAGCACCACUGGCAUAAAAUUAAUGGUUUUAGAUAACAAAUAGGAAAUUUGGGAUCAAUCUAUAAUUUAUAUAAUACAAGAUUUUAUUACAAAGCUGUAUAUUAUUAUAAUUUUGACUGUUAUUAGUACGUUUUUUGUUUGCAACUUUAAGAUCCAAAUUCUUACAAUUAUGUAGAAAUAGUACGAAAAAAUGUUGCAAAGAUCCAAAACAAUAAAAUUUAAAAUAAGAAUGAAAUUGGCUUUUUGUAUCUUUAUCUAAUUUUGGGGUAGUUUUCAAGCCAACUAGUUUAACUAAGCUACUUUUAUUAUCUGCAAAAUAUGAACAUUCCAUCCAAUUCCCUAACAUAUGGUUUUAAUUACUAUAGUGUAAUCACAACAACCAAUAAAUAACUUUUUAUUUUGUGAGGCCUUACUAUACCAAGGCUAUCUUCUUCAAACACAUCACCAAAGUAAAUUAGUUUAUUUUUAACAACAGUUAGACAUAUGUGAUUUUAAUAUUAAUUUGUGUGGAGAAGUGUGUAAAAUAAAGAUAAAUUAUUACUCAAGAUUAUACUAUGUAAAUUUUGAAAGUUAUUUUUGUAAUCUUCAUAAAAGUAAUAAAGAAUUUUGUAUUGUUCCAUCUUCUUAAUUUGAUAAAGCUUCUGUGUUUGUUUGAUUUGUGUAAUAGGAUUUUCAAGUACAUCUCGUAUAUCUUGGUGUGUUAACAUGCUUUAAUUUAUAUUAAUAUAGGUUUUUUUUAAAUAUGGUGUGUUCCAUAUUAGUACAGUGGUGUGCAACACCAGAUUUUUCUUUUAUGUUGAAUUUAAUGUGGAAGCAAUGUUCUUUAAAUCUUGUAUGAAUUUUUCUUUUUGUCUGUAUGUAUUUCUUAUUUCAGUCAUCAAAUUUUAUUUGAUAUAUACCUGCUAUAUGUUUCAUUAAUGUCUUCAGCAUAUUUUUGGUUUUUCAAUUUAUUCUUCAAGUUACUUUUUAUUUUAUAUGUAAUGUUAUGUUUGUAUGUCUUUUAAAGAUUUUUGUACAUCUUUUGAUAAAUGUGUCCAUUUAGUGCUAAUCCAAUUUGUUUGUAAUUGGUCAAGUGUUGUAUUUGACUUUUUCUGAUAUUUUUCUUUAGUUCUUUAAAUAUAUAUUUAACUAAAUUCAUGUUAUAUUCAUUGGAAAACAGUAACACUUUUUAUAUUAAAUUAUACGUAGUAAGAACAACACAAUACUUAAUACAGACGUUUUUUAACCCUCUUUA